AUGAGCGGAUACAACCCCAAGAAGUCUCUCAAAUCGAGCUUCCGAGCGUCUCCUCGCUCAAUCGCGCCCAUCUAUACUGGCGGUCCUGUCCUGCUGACCAAAGAUGGUCAAUGGCUCAUUACCACCAUGGGAGAGGAAGCCCUCGUGACUGAGGUUCAUACCGGUCUUGCUAUUGCCAGAAUACGAGGUGACGGCACAGCCAUCUCCUCUUUGGCUUUGAGCUACCACACCUCUCCUCCCAUCCUAUUGACAUCUCACAUGUCAAUGACAGUCCGAUACUAUCCCCUUCCCUCUUCAGCACCCUUGACACCCACUCCUAAACCUCCCUUUCUCACCUACACCCGACUUCUCAACAAGGCCCACAAUGCCCCUAUCCUCGUCUCUGCCGUCUCCCCCGACAACACACUCUUGGCCACUGGAUCCUCUGACGGUAUUGUCAAGGUCUGGGACCUCGAAGGUGGAUAUGUAACGCACAUGUUUAGAGGACAUGGUGGUCCCGUGUCUGCCUUGCACUUCAACUUCCCGACUAUUGCUGGGGAAGAGAGGCGGAGAAUGGAGCUCUUGACUGGAUCAACCGACUCGAGAGUCAGGGUGUAUGAUCUGAGAGAUAUCAAUGCGAGGGUCGUUGGUGGUGGAAACUCGGUCAAGCCGAAAGCUGUCUUGGAGGGACAUGUCAGCGUUGUGCGAGGGAUUGCUGUGACUCCGGAUGGCAAAUGGGCUGUCACGGGAGGUCGAGACAAAGUCGUUCUUGUCUGGGAUAUGCUUUCGGAGGAAGCGUCAAGUAGCAAGAAGGGCAAGGGCAAGGCGACAGGCCCCAAGCUGGUGCAAACCAUAAUUGCCCAGGAGCAAAUCGAAUCUCUUGGACUGUUACCGCAGGAAGAAGACGUUCACGGCUCGUCCCAGGGCAGAUGGCUCUGCUACACUGGAGGAGACAAGGGUCUUGUGAGGGUGUGGGAUGUGCUCAAGGGUGUACAAGUGGCGGCUAUGAAAGGUGUCGAGGGCGUCGAUGAAGUGGAUGAUGACGAGGAUGAGCAACACGGCGUUCUGUCAGUCCUCUAUUCUUCAACAGACUCGUCCCUGGUCUCCACCCACGCCGAUCAGAACAUCAUCUUCCACUCUCUUUCGACAUUACUCCCGACACGGCAAAUCAUUGGUUUCAACGACGAGAUUGUCGAUGUCGCCUUCCUAUCCCACCCCUCCGCCCCAUCUUCUGCUUCAUCUAGUCUGCCGGAUACGUCAGACAUCCCCCACUCGCAUAUGGCGGUCGCUACCAACUCCAAUCAGCUUCGCAUCUAUUCCACAGCAUCACACAAUGCUCGUUUACUACCGGGGCAUACCGAUAUGGUUCUUUGUCUUGACGUCUCUCCGGAUAAUCAGUGGCUCGUGACUGGCUCCAAAGACCACACUGCUCGUGUCUGGGUGCCCACAAUGACUUUGGGCGGAGAUGGUUUCACAUGGCAAUGUGUGGCUGUCUGUGAAGGACACGCCGAGUCUAUCGGUGCCGUCGCCUUUUCGCGCAAAAUGGACGAGCCUGGCAGAGGCAAAUUCCUCUUUACAGCCAGUCAGGACAGGACCAUCAAGAUGUGGGAUCUCUCGCCUCUUUCCUUAUCUUCUCCUUCAUCGGAGCCCAUCAGACCUCGAUCCAUGGCUACUCUGCGUGCCCACGAGAAGGAUAUCAACUCGCUCGACAUUGCUCCCAAUGACAAGUUCCUCGUCUCUGGUUCGCAAGACAAGUCGGUCAAGCUUUAUACUAUCGACUACACACCGCCCAAGUCUGAAGGACAAGGUGCUGAGGGAGGGUUCAAGAAUCUGGGUACCUGCAACGGGCAUAGGCGAGGUGUUUGGACUGUGAGGUUCAGCAGGAAUGACAAGGUUGUGGCGAGUGGAAGUGCCGAUAAGACGAUCAAACUGUGGAGCUUGGAUGACUUUACAUGUCUCAAGACAUUCGAGGGCCACACAAAUUCUGUGCUUCGAGUGGGCUACAUGUCUAACGGUCAACAACUGGUGUCCUCGUCAUCUGACGGGCUUGUCAAGCUCUGGAAUAUCAAGGACGAAGAGUGUGUAAAGACGUUGGACAACCAUGAGGACAAGAUCUGGGCUCUUGCCACAUCUUCCGACGAAGCCACCAUCCUCUCCGCCGGUGCCGACUCCCUUCUUACCAUCUGGCACGACACCACCCUCCUCGACCAGACAGAGGCCAACACCAAGCUCGUGGAAGCCGUUCAAGUUGAACAAGAUUUUGUCAACUAUGUCGCCCUCAAAGACUACCGACGUGCCAUUCUUCUGGCCCUCAGUAUGGCUCAGCCUGGUCGACUGUUGAACCUCUUCUCCACGGUCAUUAACGGGCGUCAGCCUGAUGUCAGUGAAGAGGAGCAAGGCCUGACGGGAAGCAAGGAGAUCGACCAGAUCUUGGAGACGCUCCCUGGUGUUGACCUCGUGAGGCUAUUGAAGUUUGUGCGUGACUGGAACGCGAAUGCGCGCACAGCCCCCGUGGCACAGAUCAUCCUGUAUACGGUGCUGAAGCUGAGAAGCGCGGAAGAUAUCUUGGAGGCUUUCGAGUCUGCAAACAAGAUACCUACACGCGCUGACGAUGAUGACGAUGAGGACGUGGAGAUUGAAGACGCCGAUGCGGAGAAGAAGAAGAAGAAGAAGGCUAGACCUGAUCUUGCGGCGCCUAUCAGCAUCAAGGACCUCUUGGAGGGUCUCAUUCCCUACUCUGAGCGACACUUUAACCGAGUGAACAACCUUGUCCAGGAGAGCUACAUGCUCGACUAUGUGCUUGGCGAGAUGGAAGGCGGCUUGUUUGGAGAAGAGUUGAUGGACGUUGAGCAAUAA